UCAAAAACAAAAACAUAGGCCUAAUCACCUUCGAAAUAAACCCGAAUCAUAACAUUUUAAAGUAAAAGGGGUGUCUCUUUAUAGAGCGCUCUGAAGCUGAAGAGAUGGAAAUGGAAAGAAGUUUAGAAGUUAGUGUAAAGGAGAAGAGACUUAUAAGCAUAUUUAACCAAUUUGAAAGUACAAUUAUGCGACUGCAGAGCAUUCUCGUAUGGGAAAAUCCUCAACAGAGUGCAAUGAUGUUUCUGGGUGUAAACGGUCUGUUCUGGCUACUGACAAGUACUAGUAAUCGUGUAGUUUACCUGAUGGCUGUAACUGCUAUUGUUAUCAUGACGUUCGAGGCUUUUUGUAACCGAAUCUGGCCUGAGAUAAGAGUUGAACCAAAAGAACCUGAGGAUGAAGAAGGAUGGACUCCUGUACACACACGUUUGUUGAGCGUGCCUGAGCUAUGCCGUCACCUUGCUGAAUUGUGGGUAGCUUUCAAUGAAUACCAUGAUGCCUUCUGGAAUCUACGGAACACUGACCCUGGAAAGUUCUGCGCUGUUGUUAGUGGCACCUGUGCUGGUCUUGCUGUGAUUGGUCGCUGCAUAUCGGGUGUUAUGCUUUCGUACAUCAUAAUUAUGAGCCUACUGUUGUGGCCGUGUGCCGAGUACCACAACUUCAACAAGAAAGUUUACAACACUUUGGAGCCUAUUUGGAUGCAGUUGGAGUACAGUAUGAAGAACAACCACAAAAAGAGUAGCCACAGAAGAAGAAGACAGAGAUCUGAUAGAAGCCAAGCUAGUGACCAUGUUGACGGAGCUGAUGAUAUCGACUCGGAUAGUGAUAGUGACCUAACUGAGUUCUGUCCUCCACAAGAUGCUGCUACGGUAGCUGCCUUGGCACGUGCUGUCUCUGACCCUGAUUCUGAACUCUCUGAAGAGGAAAGAAAGUCGCGCAGUCCCUCAGUCACCCUAGAUCGCUUUGAUGAUGAUAUUCAGGAUUCUGAACCAAGUUUUGCUGUAGGCCUUCCAUCCUUCCCAGCUUUUGAUGAUGGGACUUUAGAUCAUAGCAAUGAUGAGAUAGACAAUGAAAUUUUUGGACCAGUGAUACCAGAGGCACCUCGAAGGCAACAUUACAUACAGGAAGAGCACCAAGUUGCUGAUGAUCCUAGUGCACCAAUGCCAUGUGUGGAAUCACACUUUCAAAAUGAGGAUGGACAUGAAAAUCAUUUUAACCCUAGUCAAACAAAUCCAGCAAUUUCAACCAAUACUGGGUUACUUCCGACAAUCGCCACACAGUACAUUACGGAUACGGUUGCAUCUGUUGUGUCUGGUACAAUCAAUGCGAUGGCCAGGGGUCAGCCAUCUGCAAGUUCUGAUACCUCUACCUCAAACGUGCAAUAUGAAAGUCAAAGAGCAAGAGCAACGCGUGUUAGAGCGCCGUCUGGUUCCGACUCGGAUCUUGGUGAAUUCGAGGUGCUAGACACGUCAGAUUUAGCAAACACAGGUUACAAACAAGACAAACAGGAAAUGGAGAAAGGUGAACGAGAGAACUUUUUUGGAGGGUUCUUUUCAAAACUCCUUGGUAAGAAGUAAACCACCAAGCAAUUGUUCUUUAACCAGUCUGAAUCAGGUUGGAUUAUAUACCAUAAUUAUAAACUAUAAGAAAAACUUUUUCCUCAAUCAAAAGUGUAGAAUAGCAUUUAAAGCUCACAUUUUUGUUUGGGGGUUUUGCUGUCAAUUGGUUCUAUUAUUUAACUGCCAAAAUUAUUCAGAAUUUCUCUGUAGAGAUUUGUUAUAAUGUAACAUGUUCAUAUGCAUUUGUUCACACAAACGAUGUGUUUCUAAUGAACCAAUAAUACUUGCCAAUUAAAUGUGGCAAUUUUAAUGUCCAAUUUACCUACACUUCCCUUUCUUAUAAUUUGGGAGACAAUUUUCAGUCGUCCGACAUCACAAAUCGGGAAUGUUGGCACGUCUUGCAGUACCAGCCACAGAAAUUAAAUGUUGCAAAGCAGCAAUUAUCUUGUUUUACCAAUCAAUGAUAACAGAACUCAUUGAUUUUCAGUAGAAACACACCCGUUAUACAAAUGAAUUAGUAGCACAAAUGCUUUGUAUGCAUUGGAGUAUACUAUACUGUACAUGCUUUGUGUGCAUGGUAGCAUACCAAACUUGCUUUGUAUGUAUUUGUAAGCAAACAAUUUUUCUGUGCCUUGUUAAUAUCAGUUUCUAUAUUUUAGAUAGAAAAGUGAUAAAAUAUCAAGACUAUACCUGAAAUAAUUUAUGAUAAAACGAGAAUGACUGCAUGCACCUUUCGCAUAGUACAGUAUUUGAAACUUUGGUUGUACACCAAAACUCUACAAGGAAUUUGGUAGACAAGUUAUUUUCUAAGCAAAAACAAUGCUAAAGUAGUUAAAAAUCACCACAUAUCACCCAAGACCAGGAUUUUGAAUUGGUAAGCUUACUUGGAGUUACAUCUUCUGAGCCUGGGAGAUAUUUUAAUUCGCAAUGCCUUUCUUGGUGGCCUCCAUGAUGGAAUUAGUGGACUGUAUUUUACAGUAUAUCGAUUUGUAUUGCAAGUAGUUUGUUGCAAUAAUACAGUGUAAUAACACAGAAUGCUGUGGACAGUUUUUUUUUUUUUACUUUAGUAAUAUUGGAAAAUAUAGACCAUUUCAUGGGAUUUAUUUUGAAACAGCGCCGCUAAUAUCUCGCAACUCACUGGGGAACUUCUAUUUGUAACUGGCUAGUUACAAAUAGAGCACCACGCAGCGGAUAGACAACAGAUCUUGCUAAUUACUGUAUAUGUAAACAUUUUGUGUUUGUACUCGGAAAUUGGUUUCAUCGUUGAUUUAAUCCAUGAUGGUAACCAUGCUAGAGCAAAAUGCUAGGCCUCUGAAUGUCUCCCAGUGGUAGUUGCCAGGUUGUCGGAAAUUUUAAUUUCAAAUUUUGCGAAAGUGGUAUAAAAGUCUUGCCUAUGCACAACUGACUCAAUUUAGAUGUUUUAGUUGAAUAUUGAUUGAUACUGUAGACGUUUCUCUCCCUGAAAACGGGUGCACAAAAAGUGUUAUUUACUGUAAGUACUGCAAUAACAAAGAAAGAAUCUCUAUGUGGCUAUUAUCCUGAGGAAUAUGGAUUUCUUUACAUGGAAUUAGUUACGCCAUCACUUAAGUUGUCCUGGGAUAAUCAUGAAUUCUUUUUCCAGCCAGGAUGUUAAGGAAUGCGAAAACUUUAUAUUCACAGUUAAAAUUAGUCACAAAUUUUUGAUGUAUUUUACGCUAAUGUGUAUGUUACAUUCUGAAUCAAUAUUUAGUUAUAUUUUCUGCUAUACUAUAUUGUACCUAUUAAAUACCGUAUUAUCAUA